ACUCACACUUCCGCUUCUGCGUGCAAAAAAAAAAAAGUUGUGAAAAAUCUGGAAGAAGUUUAGCCCUUCUGGAACUGUAAAAGGCGACGCUGCGCGGACGUUUUCUCUCCCUCUCGACAAGUCAAUGAGAAGUCUGCAGCUCCGACGGGACGCGGAGUAAAUUUCCCCCUCGCACAGCUGCGUGGAAGCCAAGUCAUGUCGACGGGAGCGCUGUACAACGACCAGCCAGGAGGAGCGGAGGCUGCGGUGGAAGCGGGGCAGGAGACCACCCCGACCUCCUCCGGCACCGGGGCUGCCUUUGGACUCUUCAGUUCCGACUUUAAAAAAAAUGAAGACCUGAAAGAGAUGCUGGAAAGCAACAAGGAGUCCCUCAAACUGGAGGCCAUGAAGAGGAUCGUUCAACUCAUAUCCAAGGGGAAAAAGUCAUCAGACUUGUUUCCUGCGGUGGUGAAGAAUGUUGCAAGCAAGAACAUUGAGCUGAAGAAGCUCGUGUAUGUGUACCUGGUGAGGUAUGCAGAGGAGCAACAGGACUUGGCUUUGCUGUCAAUAAGCACCUUUCAACGGGCCCUGAAGGAUCCAAACCAGUUCAUCCGAGCGAGUGCCUUACGGGUCCUCUCCAGUAUCCGUGUCCCGAUUAUCGUCCCCAUCAUGAUGCUGGCCAUCAAGGAGGCUGCUUCGGACCUGUCCCCUUAUGUCAGGAAGACCUCUGCGCAUGCGAUCCAAAAACUCUACAGCUUGGACGCGGACCAGAAGGAGCAUCUGAUCGAAGUGAUUGAGAAGCUAUUGAAGGAUAAAAGCACACUGGUGGCCGGCAGCGUUGUGAUGGCCUUUGAGGAGGUGUGCCCCGAUCGCAUUGAUCUGAUCCACAAGAACUACAGGAAGCUGUGUAACCUGCUGGUGGACGUGGAGGAGUGGGGCCAAGUGGUCAUCAUCAACAUGCUAACUCGCUACGCCAGGACGCAGUUCACCAGCCCCUGGAAGGAGGAUGCUGUUUUCGACGACAACGAGAAAGCGUUUUACGACUCUGACUCUGAGGAGAAACAAGGCCAGAAAGAAGCAAAGCCUUACAUCAUGGAUCCAGAUCACCGACUUCUGCUGAGGAACACUAAACCUCUUCUGCAGAGCAGGAACACUGCUGUUGUGAUGGCGGUCGCUCAGCUUUACUGGCAUCUAGCCCCUAAACAUGAAGUGAGCAUUGUCACCAAAUCCCUUGUUCGACUGUUGAGAAGCCACCGAGAGGUUCAGUACGUCGUGCUAGAGAACAUCGCCACCAUGUCCAUUCAGAGGAAGGGGAUGUUUGAGCCAUACAUGAAGAGCUUCUAUGUCAGGUCCACAGAUGCCACACACAUCAAAACACUGAAGCUGGAGAUCCUGACUAAUCUCGCCAAUGAAGCCAACAUUUCCACCAUCCUAAGGGAAUUUCAGACCUACGUGAAGAGCCAGGACAAGGCGUUUGCUGCCGCUACCAUCCAGGCCAUCGGCAGGUGUGCCACCAACAUCUCCGAGGUGACGGACACCUGCCUCAACGGCCUGGUGUUGCUGCUUUCCAACAGAGAUGAGACGGUUGUGGCCGAGAGUGUGGUGGUCAUCAAGAAGUUGCUGCAGACUCAGCCCACCCAGCACAGUGACAUCAUCAAGCACAUGGCCAAGCUCUUCGACAACAUCACCGUUCCCAUGGCUCGGGCCAGCAUCCUGUGGUUAAUGGGGGAGUACUGCGAGAGGGUGCCAAAGAUCGCACCAGACGUUCUCCGAAAGAUGGCAAAGAGCUUCACUUCUGAAGAGGAUAUUGUCAAGCUGCAGACGGUCAACUUGGCGGCAAAGCUGUACCUGACCAACUCCAAGCAGACCAAGCUGUUGACCCAGUACAUUCUGAACCUCGGCAAAUACGACCAGAACUAUGACAUCAGAGACCGAACGCGUUUCAUCAGGCAGCUGAUUGUGCCCAACGAGAAGAGCGGCACCCUCAACAAGUACGCCCGGCGCAUCUUACUGGCCUCCAAACCAGCUCCGGUCCUGGAAUCUGCUUUCAAAGGGCAGUUAGGUCAGACCCCUUUACCUUGGACUAAUGAGAUGGACAGAGACCGUUUCCAGCUAGGAACCCUCUCACAUAGUCUGAACGUUAAAGCUGCUGGGUACCAGGAGCUCUCAGACUGGCCAGCAGUCGCACCGGAUCCGUCUGUGAGGAACGUGGAGGUGAUUGAACCGGUACGAGAGUGGGCACCAUCUGUGGGGAAGGCCAAGCAACCCAAAUCUGAUGACAAGUUUUACUCGGACGAUGAAGAGAAAGAAGAGGAAGGAUCUGGCAGUGGCAGUGAAGACAGCAGCAGCAGCAGCAGUGGUAGUAGCAGCAGUAGUGAAGAGUCGGGCAGUGAGAGUGAAGAGGAAAGCAGUGAAGAGUCUGGGAAGACCUCCAGUGACUCUGGAAAGAGUUCGAGUGGAUCAGAAGCGAGCUCCAGUGAGUCUGAACCCGAACAGAAAAAGAAGAAACGAACCAAGAAGGCGACGCAGAGGAAAAGCAAGCAGAGCGCCGCUGACAGCGACUCGGAUGAAAAUGGAAGCGGCCCUGUGGGCAAAACUAGCAGCUCAUCUGCGGAAAGCUCGUCCGAGUCGGAUUCCGAGGAGGACUCCGAUGUUGACUCUCCACCACCACCAUCACCACCACAGAAGAAGACUGUUGCAAAGACUAAGCCAAAGGUGGAGGUGAAGACCAAGAAGGAAGUCUCUUUAUUGGAUCUAGAUGACUUUUCUCCUGCCCCCCCAAGUGCACCAAAGUCCUCGGUCUUCUCUUCAAGCCUACUGUCCGACCUUGAAGGCCUCUCUCUCUCCAACGUCUCGUCGGCCAUGCAGGUCACUACUCCGUCAUUUGGUCCUGUGAAAACCUACGAGCUGCUGCACCAUAUGACGGGAAAAGGCUUCUCAGCCAAGUACCAUUUCCCCCGGCAGCCGUGUCUGUACCAGCCCAGUAUGGUGGCAGUCCAGGUCAUACUGACCAACAGCUCAGAUCACAGCCUGGAAGAGAUCCACAUAGGAGAUCGGAGCCCAGCCAGCCUGAAUAUCCACUGCUUUAACACCGUUGAGCGGCUGGAGCCAGGGGCCUCGGUAACCGUGUCCAUGGGUAUCGACUUCAGUGACUCAACGCAAGCAGCCAACUUCCAGUUAUGCACCAAGGAGGACCAGUUCAGCGUGUCCAUUCAGCCUGCUGUAGGAGAGCUGUUAAUGCCCAGCACCAUGACAGAACCAGACUUCUGCAAUGAGCAAAAAAAGCUCAUGGGCAUGAAUGAGACUUCAGCGAGCAUCACCAUGGCAACUGCUAACACCUCCAAGCAGAACAUCAGUAAGCAGGUCCUGUCUGUGGCUAACGUAGGAGUGGUUUCAUCUGGCCAAAACGACCUUCAGAGGUUUGCUGGGCGCACGGUUAGCAGCGGAGCUCUGGUCCUGGUUACGCUGGAGCUAAGAGAGGCCUCCACUGCCCUCCUCACCAUCAACACGGAGAAGAGCGUCAUGGCGUCCAUGUUGCUCAGAGAUCUGAAACAAGCCCUCUCCCAGUCGUAGAUCGAAUUCCUGAAAAGAGGGGAACAAUUCUUACCUGAAGAUUUCAUAUAUAUUCUAUUCCCAUAUUUUGGAAAAGGUCGUAGAUCUGUUAAUGAGUGCUUAGCACUUUUAGUCAAAAUUCUGUAGACUUCACUCAAAAUGGGCUAUUAGCGAUGAAGGACCCCUGUUCAGUAUUCCCUAUUUAAAAGGCCGAUGAUUGUCCUGAAACAUCAGAAUAAAUAUGUGAAAUUCUUGGCAGUAUUGUACAUCCCCUAGCUUGGAAGGCAUCACAGUUAUUACUGUACAUUUCAGGUGUGACACUUUUCUCGUGUUUACAUACUUGCUACUUUUCAGCCAAAUCAAAAAUACUGACAACACUCCAUUCACCAAAAAAACAACAACUGACGGUUAAUCUGGAAUGUAUGGAAUGAUAGAAGCGCCACGAAACAAAUACAUUUGUAAAAACAAAAAGGAAAAACAAAGAAUUAAAUAUAAUGAGAAGUAGAAAAUAUAUAUUUUUAUGUUGUAUUUUCUGUGCAGCUUUUUUUGUUUUCAUUUUGCUUUUUUUAAUUCCUGCAAUUUUUCAAAUUAUUAGGAUCUGACAAAUGUGCACACAUUAGUAGGUGUAACACAAGCAAAGCAGACAGACCAAAUCUAUACUAAAAAAAAAAAA